AUGGUCGCUGGAGCAAGGCGUGAUUUUCUCUGUCUCUGGAAGCAUUGCGGAAAGUCAUUCCAUCGCAACUCCGACCUCCGCAGACACUACCGCAUCCACACAAAUGAGCGACCAUAUCGUUGUGGCGUGAAAGGCUGCAACAAGGGCUUCAUCCAGCGAAGUGCCUUGACCGUCCACUCGCGAACGCACACAGGUGAAAAGCCGUUUAUGUGCAAUUUCGAAGGAUGCCGCAGUUCCUUUUCCGACUCCUCGAGUCUGGCCCGCCACCGCGGAAUCCACACAAACAGACGAGCAUACGUAUGUCCUGAACCAACAUGCAAGCGAAGCUUCCGCCGGAAGGCAACCCUUACAAACCACCAGCACAGCUCACAUGCACUGGACUUGGCCAUCCAGACACUGUCGCAGGCCUACUCUGUAUCUGAGAGCGAGCCCGAGUACGACCAAACUAUUAUCCCUACCACCCCUCUUACUCCUUUGCCCCCACAACACGACCCGUAUCCUUUCCCUCAGCAAGGAAACUGGUACUGGUCCUAUCCAAACAUCACCAGCCCAACCCAGGACGUCGUUUACAGCAGCAGCAACAACAACAACAGCAGCAGCAGCAACAACCUACCAGUGACCUUUCCCACUGCCCCGGUUCAAGAGCACUCACCAAUCGUGACACGCAAUGAGAAUUACUCCCGGCCACCCCAGGCCAUGUCACCCGAGCUACUCUAUGGACAAGACUACCUGCAAUUCAUGCAGCAGCAGCAACAAUACAUGCAAGUUUCCCAGCAGAAGCCCCAACUAUACAGCCAUGGUCAUGGCCAGGGCCAGAGCUGCAUGACCCCGAACCCCGGAUGGCAGUGCUCCAAUGCCAAACGGCUAAUGCACCCAGGUGAUGGCAUGGGAUGCUGUAUUCUGUACUAA